AUGGUUUCGAGAGUACCCAAGGCUACAGAUAGCCAGCCAAAAGCCGAUCUCCCAGCACCUAAGCUUUCCAAAGUUGCGAAGACUGGGAAGACGGCGAAGACGGCGAAGACAGCGAAGACUGGGAAGGUCGCAAAAGUCGCGAAGGCUGCGAAGGUUGCGAAGGUUGCGAAGGUUGCGAAGGUUGCGAAGGUUGCGAAAACUGCGAAGACCGCAAAAGCUGCGAAGACCGCAAAAGCUGCGAAGACCGCGAAGACCGCGAAGACCGCGAAGAUCGCGAAGAUCGCGAAGACUGCCAAAACCGGGAAGACCGCAAAGACCGCAAAGUCUGCGAAGACUGGGAAGAUUGCGAAAGCUGCAAAGACUACAAAGGUCGCGAAUACCAAAACCAGCAAAAAGGUCGCCAAGGGCACAGCUACCGUGAAGGCUUCGGUCCGAUAUUCUGACGAAGAGAGCGACUACACGCAUGCACCACGGCCCAAAAGGCGAAAGAUUGCGACUCCGGAUGUUGAGUAUACUUACGGGGAAAGAUGCACUGUACUGUCCGUGUCAGAUGUUCCAAUUCCUAAUCUGCAGAUUGGCAAAUGGGAUUACAUGAAGGAACUUUCCAUCCCCGAAGUUCUAAAAGACAAAUUCGAAGGCCCUCUACCGCACAUUUACAUCGGAGGCUCAGCCCCGCAGCCUCGCUGGGUGGUUGCUCACAGCGAGGUCAUACCAGUCCCUCGCAAACCAGAUACCAUUCUCCGAGGAAUUUUCAAGGCGACUAACUAUGGAGGUCCACAAUGGGCCUUGGAUGAAGGCAAUUUCCAGUUUUGGGGUGGGCUAGAAUACGAACCUCUCUACGAACUUGCGUACGUGUGCCUCGAACACAUGCUAAAUGAUACAACAUUCCGAAAGGAUCUAUAUGCCAGCCUGGCUGAUGGCCCUUUAUCCACUGCUGUGUCCAAGGGAGAGGAAUGGCAUCCAGCUCUGCCACCGGCGCCAUCCACAAGAUUCUUUGCGACUGGAUCCUCCCAGCUGGUUAGCCAAAAGGCCAGCAAUGAUUCGAAUUUCUAUUUCGGUCAAUAUGAGCGUCCGCCUGUGGCUGUCCGACCAGCCUAUUCGAUACAGAAGCCAUACCAUCAUACCAUGUCGACAAAGAUCUACAAUCAACAGAGGUUGGAGCGGUGGCCGACUGCCUCGCGAUCUCCAAGUCCAGACCGGCAAAGCCAAGAGGGCAGUCAGGAGGAGAGCCAGGAUGAGAGUGAGGAGGACAGCAAAAGCCAGUCCGCCGAGUCCAAACAGUCGUCUGUGACUAGGGACUCUGGCACGGAACAAAGAGAGGAGACCACCGACUCAGAGCUGGACAGUCCUGUGCCUCUCGGACAUCGUGAGAUGGAAGAUAUCACUGACACCGACUCGGAACCGGACAGUCCUGUCUCUCUCGGACAUCGUGAGAUAGAAGAGGUCACCGACUCGGAAUCAGACAGCCAUGUGUCUCUCGGAGUCCAUGAGAUAGGAAACGUCACUUACAGAGAACCGGACAGCCCUGUCCCUCUCGGAAAUAAUGGGAAAGAUGCACAAUUCGCUACAGCCUCAGUGGAUGGCUCCAUUUUUGGCGAUGACCCCGGUAAUGCCUCUCAGCCUAGAUCCAACUCGGCCCACGCUUCUCGAGAACAAUCACCUGAUGGUCUUUUCUCCAGCUUCCCUCCCGGCUCCAGCUCCGACUCCGACUGGGACGUCGGCGUUUCUGUCAGGACCAGCAUGGCUAGCGCCGCUGGGAAUGAUGGGGCUCAACCGCGGCGUGUCCAAUCCUCGAGAUCAAAUAAUGGGCUCUUCGGCGGUCGCCACGUUGAAAAACAUCAUCGCAACCGCAAAAUGCAAAAUCGUGAGUUGGGCUCCAGGGCGGCGAGCCUAGGCGGAGUUGAUUCUUAUAGAACUGAACAAGACGCAUCACCAAUACCGCCGCCAGAAUUAGGAAUGGAGAACCUGGGCGCGAUGCAAGGGCCACAAGAAGAUAUUGAGAUGGCUGAUGCUGGAGGUCGAGGAUCGCCGGCACCAGUACUACCUGUGGCUCAAGAGGAUACAGCAGCAAAACUCAAGGCAUUCGCGUGGGCAGUGAAAGCACAAAGGGAUGCAAUGAGAGCUAUCGCCAAAGAAAGAGUGUCAGGAGAGCAUUGGAAGUCCGCAGAAAACAGACGUCCUGAGGUCGAGAUCCCAGCUCACCUGCAAGAUGCGUUUCUAGAGAAUACCAAGUCAAUUAUCAGAGAUCCAAUUCAGCGACAGAAACAUUUCCCUGACCCUCAUGCUGUUCGCCGAAUCAGAGUCUGGGCAGGGGAGGAUUUGAUUGGGCAUGAAAUCAAACCCAUAGUCGAUACCACGCUACCCCCUUGGGCUGAAAGCCACCGGCCCUUCCGGUCAUGGCAAGAUCCGGUGGGUGUCCUCUCGGGGCCUUGA